AUGUCGCUGCAGCCUGCCCCGUCUUCCUCUGCUCCAGUGAAAACGGGCGUCGAAAGUCUCGACCAGGCACUUCCACCUCAAGCGCAUCACCUUCAGUCGCUAGCUCCCGCGUUUCCUUCCUCGUUUCCCUCUCCGUCGUCUUUUCCUUCUUUUCCUUCCUCGGGGCCUGUACCAGGGGAGCGAGACGGCGAACCGAAUGCCUCCUCAGAUGACCAUUCCUCGCUCUCGAAUUCCAGCAGCGAUGGAAACGACAGCGACGAGGACGUGCAGGCCGCACCCCUCAGCCCCACUCACGUCGAGCCUCAGGGCCCAAACAAACGCGCAAAAGUCGCAGACGCCGCCGACAGCAAAGCGCGCCGAAAGAGCCGCGAGAAAUCGACGGCUGCAGGCAGUCGCCAACGCCGAAAGAUUGCGAAACUUUACUUCAAAACCCUGCACUGUCUAACAAAGGUGACGCUGCUCUUGGAAGACGGCGUGCUUGUUCUCCCCCCUGGAAAGACCGACAACAAGGCCAGUCGCCGCCUCUCGAAACUUCUGCUCCGGUACGACCGAAUGCUGAUGAAGCUCGAGGAGUACAUGGCGACGAGCUCACAGCUCGCCAACGCAUCUGUCCCAGUCGGCCUUCUGGAGGCCUUGGACAAAAACGUGGAUCCGAUGGACUGGCUGCAACGCUGCGUGUUGGAUGUCCACAAGGAGAAAAACGAUCAACUCCGCGGCGUGUACAACGCCUUCGGUGCGUAUGAAGCGACGUUGCAUGACGCCAUACGCUACAGCCCGAGCAACCAACUUCUUCCUCCUCUUCCUCGUUUUUCUACUCCGGCUGCCGCUACUCUCUCUUCUCUUUCGUCUGCCUCUGCAAGUGAUGCCGUUCCUGCCUCUCUUCCUUCGUCUCUGCCGUCUUCCUUUCCUUCCUCUUCUGUUCCGGUCACUUCACCCUCGCCGCCUGUCGACUCCGGGAUGGCACAGGCAUCGUCAGAAGCGGUCAGUGCAGCAAGCCUUGCGAACUAA